AUGGUUGACCUCAUCUCCCCUCCUGAUCCUCGCACCCUACUCCCGCCUCUGCUGGCUUGUCUCCCUACGGCUUUUGUAUCGCCAUUGCCCCCGCCUGCACUUUUGCCUCUCCUAUCGCCCGUGCUACGCCAGCGUGUUCAGGUUCUGAGUUCCCUCGCCGCUUCUCCGAGCGAAUCAUGGCUGCGACUACUUUGUUGGGACUCCGGAAAAGCUGAGCGUCUUCAAACGGUGGUGAAUGAGAGCAGCUUUGAACCACACCCAGUGUCGGGCGAGAUUGAACUACCCGAUGAGGUUCCCGUGGAAUAUAAGCGCGUGGACGAGGAGACACUACAGUCCCGCGUUUUGCUCUCGGACUAUCGUUUAAAGGCUAUCUAUCUGUGGUGCCCCAACGACAAGGAUGGUGGCGGACCCGGGUGGCGAGUCGCAGAACUUUUGCCCUACGAAAGCAGUAGGGCAGAUGGUGAUGUCUGGUCGGCAUCGAUAGGGGAAGCCAAUUCACACUCCAAGGAGCGGUUGAUGGAGGAUGCUUUAAGAGCGGCGGAGAAGGAGGAGGAAGCUGCUAAAGACGAAGAAGAUGACGACGACGAUUACUGGGCUCAGUAUGACGCUACACCGGGGAGGACCCCAUCGGUGAAACCCCCCGCUCCUAAUGGACGAUCUGCCCUUCAGCACCAGGACAUGUCUGAAGCGUCCUACUUCUCGCGAUAUGCCGAUGUGCAGCCGGCGAUGGACAACCAUGAUCCAUCGGAAGAACAGCCAGAACUCGGUCCAUCUUCCCUGGGCGGAGAUUUGCUAGCCAAUCUCCUCAAACCUCAUGCUGAUACUCAAGCAUCUGAGAACCCACUGCACCUCAAUGGUCAUGGAGACGCUGAUAGUGCACUGAACCAUCCACGACCAUCAUCUGCCUCGUCUAACAGCUCGGAGGCUGUUGCCAAGCUCGAGUUGGAGGCCGAAAAUCAGUCAGCAUGCGAGGUAGGCGUCAAGCAGCAUAUUGGCUCUAACAUCAAGAGUCUGUUCCGGCUCGCUAGAGCCACAGGGAUCACACGCGCCGAGUUUCAGUCGCUCGUCAGAACAGAGCUGGAGUUGUUAAAUAUGUCCGAUGAUGAUUAG